AUGCCCUCGUUUACCCGUUUGGCUCUCUCUGCCCUCGCGGCCACUGCCGCCAUCGCCUCCGGGAUCAACGACUUCUCGUGUCAAAGCGACUCCAACCCAGUCGUCUUCCUGCACGGUCUGGGCGCCACCUACUAUGAGGACUUGAACUUCAUGCAGUACUGGCUGCAGAGCAAGGGCUACUGCACCUACGCCAAGACCUACGGUGCCUACGAUGGCUUCCCCUUCGUCGGUGGUCUCAAGGCCAUCAACGAAAGUGCCCCUGAGAUCGCUUCCUACAUUAAGGAAAUUACCGAGAAGACCGGCAAGGCCAAGGUCGACCUCGUCGGCCACUCUGAGGGUGCCUUCCAAGCCCUCUACGUCCCCAAGUUCGAGGGCGUCUCUCACCUGGUCGACAAGAUCGCGGCUAUCGCUCCUCCCACUCACGCCACUGCCUUCGCUCACAUCUAUGACCUUGCCUACACCUUCGGCAACUCCUCGCGCACUGCUGUCAGCGAGGUCCUUCACCUUGUCGGUUGCGCUGCUUGCGACGACGUUGGUCCCGAUGGUGCUGCCGUCAAGCGUCUGAAUGACGGCACCCCUAUUGCGCAGCCCGGUAACAAGAUCACCAUCAUCGCCUCCAAGUACGAUGAGCUCACCUCCUUCAUCGAUGAGGAUGCUGUCUCCAACACUUGGAUUCAGGAUACUUGCCCUCUUGACCCCGUCGGUCACAUUGGCGAGGCGUAUGACUUGAACGUGUGGCACUUGGUCCGCAACGUGUUGGAUGACACUCCUGACCGGAAGUUCGUCUGCUUGCUUGGAUCUCCUGGCAAAUAA